ACGGGGCUCGUUUCGGAGGGCACACGGGCUGGGAGAGGCUGGCAGGGCUGCGGCUCCAUCAGCCACAGCCGCUCCUGCGGCAGCCUCCACCUCCUUCCCUGCCUCCCUCCGUUCGUCCCUCCUCCGCCUCCACCUCCGCCGGCACAGCGCCGGCUCUGCCCUUUCCACGCCCGGGGCUCGGAGAGGCGGAGGGAAGGGAUGGCGGGGGUCUCUCUGAUGGGGAGCGCUCUCCGGCUCUCCGGGGCGCUGUGCCUCGCCGCCUGCCUGCACCUGGCGCUCGGGAGGGACGCCGCAGCACAGUGGACCCUGGAGAAGUAUUCUCACCAACCAAGAAUUUUAGGUUCUGAUGCUAUUCAAAAAGUUGUGGCAAACACAGAUAUUUCUGAAAUGUGGCAGAACGAUUUGCGCCCUAUCCUGAUAGAAAGAUACCCAGGAUCACCGGGAAAUUAUUUCGUACGACAGCAUAUUAAGCACCGUCUUCAAACAUUAAAGGCUGGCUGGGAAAUUGAAGAAGAUACAUUUCAGAGAUACACACCAUAUGGAUACCAAACCUUUUCAAAUAUUAUCAGCACUCUUGACCCCUCUGCAAAACGCCAUCUAGUACUUGCUUGCCACUACGACUCAAAAUUCUUUGGACAACAAUGGCAGGAGAGAGUGUUUGUAGGAGCAACUGAUUCAGCCGUGCCUUGUGCUAUGAUACUGGAGCUAGCACGUGCCCUGGAUAACAAGCUUCAGUUAAUCAAGACCAGCUCAGCUUCAAGACCAGACCUUUCACUUCAGCUCAUUUUUUUUGAUGGUGAAGAAGCCUUCGUCCGGUGGUCCCCUUCUGAUUCCCUCUAUGGAUCGAAACACUUGGCUCAAAAAAUGGUUUCUACUCCACAUCCACCUGGUUCAACCACAAAUCAGCUGCAGGGCAUAGACCUGCUUGUACUACUGGAUUUAAUUGGUGCACCAAACCCAGUCUUUCCCAAUUAUUUUCCAAACACUACUCGAUGGUUUCAGAGGCUUCAAGCAAUUGAGCAAAAGCUACACAACAUGAAUCUGUUGAAGAAUCACCCUGUUAAAGGACAGUAUUUCCACAGUACUUUACAUCGAGGCUUGGUUGAAGAUGACCACAUUCCAUUUUUAUUAAGAGGGGUUCCAGUCCUACAUCUGAUUCCAUCCCCUUUUCCUGCAGUAUGGCAUACCAUGGAGGACACAGAAGAAAACCUUGACAAAACCACUAUCGACAAUCUCAACAAAAUCCUGCAGGUGUUUGUACUGGAAUAUCUCAACCUGUGAUACACAAAACGUCAACAAAUUGUACUCCAUUUUAAAUACUGUUUGCCCACCUUCACAUUUGCUAUUUAAUUGAACUGGAGAGCAGUAAAGCAAAGAAAAAUAAGAUAGCUCUUGCUAGACUGACUAUUGAUUCAACUGUUCCUGGCCCAAUGUUCCAUGUAGCCAAAUAAGAGAGUAUUAAAUAAGAACUAGUUCAGCCUGGAAAGCAUUUGAUCUUUCCAUGUCUUACCUCUGAAUAAAAAAACUCGAGUUUUUCCAGAUUGUUAUCACUGGUUUUUGUCACAUGAUCUCAGGAAGGAACGCCUGCCAACUUAAGUGUCGGAUACAGUUUUUACAAGGUGUGACCAACUUUUGCAGUGUUCAGCAAUGGAAAUGUGUGUCAUGUUAUCAAAAGAAACACUAGAAGAUCACACUAAAACAGACUUCUAUUUUGAGUUGAACUAAACCACCUCAUCCUGGAAUGGGAUGUGAUUUUUAAUCCUCUCUGCUCCCUCUCCUCCUUCCCCUACAAAGAGGGCUGCAAGAGCUCUGCAGACAGCAGGCCACCAGGAAACAGCAAUACCCAAACUGUUUGUUGGAUACUUUUUGACUGAGAAUGGUGGUGAGGAGUGAUGGUAACAGGAAGGUGUGGGGAGAGUUCCAUUGUGCUUUGACUGCAACACAGGAAAUAUAAAGAGAUCAGGUGGUGUGUGGGAGCAAUGCCCCAGCACACACCAUUCGAUCACGUGAGAAUCAUUCCCAAUUUGACCCCAAAAAACCCCCAAACCCCACCCACCUGCUGUUUUUAAUACAAACCACAACAGAAAUAAUCAUACUAGGCAAGUGAUCACUUUAGAAAUAAUCAUUUUAUCUAAAUACCAUUUUAAAGGCAAAGUGCUAUCAAAAAUAAAAUGACCUAAAAGCAAAAGGGCUGUUUAGGCAACAAAAAGAUACUCACCCAAUUUAACAAGCCUGUGUUUUUACAUCCCUUACUGGAAUUAUUCAAUAAAUUUAGUGUAACACUGGCAAAAAGAAAGUCUGGAAUGAAAUCAAUGAAAGCCAGAAGAACAGUAUUCAAAAGUUACUCACAGAAUUAUGGUUUCCACUGGUGAGAAAAAGAUGAGAACAUUUGAAGAAAAAAAUAAAAUUAUCAAGCUGGUGGAAGACGAACUGAGAGAAAACAAGUCAGUAUUUUACUCCUCUGAACUUCUUCCCUUACAAAGUUCUAUCCUGAGCAAAGCGACUUAAAAAGGAGAUAAGCCAUGGGGACUUAUGUCAGAAUGUCAGAUUUGGCCUGUAUUUUAUCAUUUUCCUAAAGCAAACAUUUCUGAGCCUAAGACAAUAUUUACAUCCAUAUUUUAAAGUGGUAACAGAAAUACACAUUUACAGCAAUGAAAAUUUGUAAAAUUUUAGUAUUACAGGACAGCCUGAAAAUAAAAUUCCAUCUGAUUUUGGUUGCUAAAGAUGAAACAAAUGCAUUUUAUGUAUACCCAUCACUUUAACAUUUGUGAGAAAUGUUUGUUUUGCAUGCAAGUUCUGAAACAGAAUACAAUGAAAAUUCUCAAAAGCUGGACAGGUGUGUUUAUUUUCAGGUAUUACUGUACAUCUGUAUGAGUAUAUCAAAGCUAUUUGAACUCUUUGCAAUCAUAGCCUCCUCUACUGCAGCCCAUGAGAAAAUAGCCUAAAAAGGGAAAUUAAAUCUUCUGAAGUUUGAAUACUCUGCACGGUAUAAGGCACCCUCUGCACCCUCCUACAUGGUGAGAAAAGAUAACAGGAUGGCUAUAUACAGCAAUAUUAAACAUGAGUUUGUGUGGCUGAUUUAUUCUGCUGAACUUUGGUGGUACCUCUGAAAAAUGCAGUACACAUUUGCAGUGUGCACUGCUCCUCUGCUUCUUCAGGAAUUUGAAAGUUACCUCAAAAUAGGUUUAAUUAUGAAAUGCUGGAUCAGAGGGUUGUUAUAACUGGAAAAGGCGCUUUUUUUUUUUAAACCUCUAUUAAGACUUAGUUGAAACCAUAACUAAACCAUGUAGUACACCAAAUUUACUCAGUUCAAAGAAAUGAGAUACAGUUUGGUGAAAUAUGAUUCAAUGUUUCCCAAAAUGUGAAUAAAACAUGAAAAGGCUUCCUUUUUCCCCCACCCCUCACCUUGGGUUUUGGGGUUGGUUCUUUUUGGUAAGGGAAGAGAGGGUUAUCUCCUAACUGGAUGCAAGCCCUGGAGAGGUUUAUUUAAAGAGGGGAGGGUCAUCAUCUUCAUAAUUUAUAUGUUCUGUCAUUUAAAAAAUAAUUGCUGGAAGGAAAAUUUACAUCAACCCAGUAACCAUGUGAGUCCAAGAAUCUAGACUUGCAAAAGCACAAAAACCUGAAGGAGUCAGUAAAGCAAAGACUACUGCAAGGUGGGUUCUCAUGACUACUAAGGCAGGGAAGAACAAGCAGGUAGGAGAAAAUCAAAGCCAUUUGAUAAAAUGCCCAGAAAACAAAAAAUACAAGUGAAAAGACCAGAACUGGUAUCUCUUCUACUCUCAGUUUCAACGUUGAAUAUGACCAAGUAUCAGAGAUCCAUAGGGUCUGGACAAGCACAGGACAGAUAAUCAAUUCAGAAUUCAGAAUUCAGACAGAGGCUUUAUAUUGAAGAACCUAUCCCUGCAUGGUUUCUGUCUCUGUUGGAUGGUGGCAGCAGGGGACAGAAAUCAAAAGAGCGACUUCAACUAAUCUUAUCAGCAGAAUUGCUGCACAGGUUCUCUCCUUGAAUAGGAUUUGUCACAUCUCAGUCAAGGGGAAGGGAAUAAAAAUCAUUAGUC